CGGGAUCGACAGACAGUAUAAAAGCAUCACUGCAGCUGAAUAGAAGCAGUUCUAGUUCUUGUCCCGUACCGUUCAAGUCUCCCAUUAGAGCAUUAUUAUUCCUUAAAUUCCCAACCAACUAUGAAGGCUGUUCUUGUGGUUUAUUUCACCCUUCUGGCCAUGUGCUAUGCCGAAUGGCGCAUCCAGACUGCUGAGGAUCUUGCAAAGCACCGUACCAAAUGUGUAGAUGAGCUGAAAAUUGAGGAAUCUGCCGUGACGGAGUACAAGAAGUGGAAUUUCACAGAUGAUGAGAAGACUAGGUGCUACAUCAAGUGCAUCUUCAACAACAUGGAACUGUUCAACGAUGAGACUGGCUACAACAUUGAACACCUUGUGGAGCAAUUGGGACAGGGAGGAGAAAAGGAGAAGGUUCGUGAGCAGAUUGUUAAGUGUGCCGAUGCCAAUCCCAACAAGGACGACAAAUGCACCUGGGUCUUCCGUGGCUUCAACUGCUUCAAGGCGAACCACCUGAGCAUCAUCAAGCAGAGUCUCAAGAAGGAUUAAGCACGUACCACCAGGAAUCUCUCCCUCAGAAUCUCUCGCGAAUGCGAUAUUUUUCUCACCCAGAAAACUAAUAUCACAGAGUUCAUAUGUGAAGAAUUUAUGAGUGGAAAGUUUUAUGGUAAUUGAAUAAAUAUUGUUGUCGCUGGA